AUACAUAUGUAUAUUAUGAAAAAUGACAAUAGAGAUAAAAUUAUUGAAAAACUAUUAAAGUUAGAUUUUCAAAGUAUAUAAAAAUUUUAAAUAAGUCAUCAAAUCCCAAACAAUGUGAAUAAAUUCGUCUGGAAAAAAGUAAAUGAAAAGUGAUUUUAAUAUUGAAGGAGACUGGUUUCUAACAAAAAAAAAUAAAUUGUCAUCAUUUAUUAUCAGAAGAGCAUCAGUUAUGUAGGGGAUUUUCUGACAGUUUUCUAUUUAUCUUGGUUUUUCUUAUCUGCAUAUUUUAUUUUUCAAUAAAACAUUGUGAUUUUUUGAUUAUACUUAUCUAGGCGGCUAGUACAUAGAUACUUAAUAAAACUUCUGCUUUUUAAAACUUUCAUCAUACGAUGGAACCCAUUCUUUUGGUACAUGGCGGUGCAGGUGAUAUUACAAAUGCGAGAGUUUCAGGCAAAUUGGAUGGUAUAAAAACUUCUGUGCGAAGAGGAUUUUCUGUUUUGAAAAAUGGUGGAAGUGCCUUAGAUGCUGUUGAAGAAGCAGUUCGUUCAAUGGAGCUAGAUGAAAACUUUAAUGCUGGAUACGGCAGUUGUCUUAAUACAAAUGGAGAAGUAGAAGUUGAAGCAAGUAUUAUGAUCGGUGAUUUAAAAAGUGGAUGUGUUACUUUGCUACACGACAUAAUGCAUCCAAUUUCUGUAGCAAGAAAAGUUAUGGAAAAAACAAAUCACACAUUUCUAGGUGGUGAACAAGCGAUGCAAUUUGCAGUAAAUCAAAAUUUUGAGAUUUUGCCAAAAGGGUCAUUAAUAACACAAAACGCUAAAGAUGCUUUGGCUGAAUUUUUAGAUAGGCAAAGUAAAGGCUUGGAUACAAUAUUUUCUCCGACAGAAUUAGAUAAAAAAGAAGCACCGGGUGAGCCUGGAACUGUUGGAGCUGUAGCUAUUGAUAUUCAUGGCAAUAUAGCAGUUGCUACUAGUACGGGCGGUAUAACUGGAAAAAUUCCAGGUAGAAUUGGUGAUACACCAAUUUUAGGGAGUGGUACUUAUGCUGAUAAUACCAUAGGUGGGGUUUCAACAACUGGACAUGGAGAAACAUUAAUGAGAUUCAAUUUGGCGCAAAGAAUAUUACAAAAAAUGUUUUAUGAAAAGGUGAGUGCCCAGGAAGCAACGGAAUUUACAGUUAAGGAAAUGACUAAAAGAUUAGUUGGGACUGGAGGUGCUAUUACGAUUAGUAAGAGUGGGGAUAUUGGAAUUCAUUUUUCAUCAAAAAGAAUGGCUUGGGCUUAUAUCAAAAGCAAUAAAUUAUUUUUUGGGAUAAAUAAAGGCGACAGUUAUGUUGAAUCGGCUUAAUUAUUUGGUAACAUUAAAAUGUGUAAUAGAAGCUUCUCGCUCUUGCAUAUUUUAAAAGUUGUUUUCACAAAUUCGAUACUUACUAAAAAUAAAGCAAUUGCGAAAAUUUAAGUGCAUUCGUAAUAACCUUUUGAACUAUUUGUAUGUUUCAAGGGUGUGAGUUAAAUUUUACAAAUCAAAGAAAUAAAUUAUGCUUCUUACUUGUUUCCAUACACACAAUUUUAAUUAAAAUAUUUUAAAUCGCAAAAUAAGUUGAAGUGUUGUUAUCUAAUAAACUAAGUUGAUUUAAUAUAAAAUUAAAAUACAUUUUUUAAACUUAAUA